AUGGAAAAUUCAGCAUACGUCCCUAAUUCCGCUCAUCUGAAUUCCCCAGCGUUAGUGGUAUUUUCCCAAGCCGCCGGAGGAUUGCAAGACGCACUAAGAAUUCAAAGGCCCUUUAAUCCACAGUUUGCAAUGACAGAAGCGUCCAAGGAUCUUCACAGACCGUUCACAGCUUCAUCUUUCGGUCUUCGACAUAUGGAAGCAUAUUCAGGCAUUCCGGCUCAUAUCUUGAAUCACCUUCAACCUCAAUUUUUACAUCCAGGUUUAACUUUAGGCUCCGGAGCCUUUCGGCCCUUAACAGAUCUCAAAUCUUUUUCUUCUCCUUCAGCUUUCGCCCCUCCAAAAUGCCUCAAAAUCGAGACUAAUAAUGAUGGUAUGCACUCUAGUCAUAAUCACGCUAUUUUUUCUCCUUCGGAGGAGCGUCUUUUGGGGCCAAGUCCCAGGACUGAUUCGUGUAGUCCUGCGAGUGCGUCUAUGUCUCCACAGCCCCAAACUGCUGUUAAAGAAGAAAGUUUGGAUGCACAGAUGUCUGAGGAUGGGGAAACUCAGGGACAGGGCACAGGGAGUGAUUCCCCCGGCGUGCACGAGGACGCAAGAGGAUUUCGAAGUAAGUGA